AUGGCUGAUAAUGGUGCUCAUGAUCCAGGAAGAGGUUAUGUAGGGAAUUGCACCGUUCUUGAAGAGGUCGAGAACCAUGUGCCUACGGACGAAGAAGUUCGAAUGUACGCGAAGGCCAUUGGCAUUGAUCCUGAUAAGGAGGCAGAUUUGUUAUAUAUUGCGCGUGAAGGUAUUUCCGCCCCAGUUCCUAGUGAUUGGAUAGUUCUACAGGAUCGAAAAGGAGGGAUUUUUUACCAGCAUAAGCCGUCUGGGGUCUGUAUAUGGGAACAUCCACUAGAUGCUCAAUUUCGCCUUCGAGUAGUGGAAGCCAAAUCUAAAAAGUUGAACUGUCAAAAAGUAAAGUCUGGUGAAUCAGCCCCUGCUCUGAACGAAUCGACUCCAGUGAAAACGGAGACUGUAUACCAGGCCUUACCGACGCCUCGAACUUGUCUGAACGCCAAGGUCGGCGAAUUCAAAGUUCCCAGCCUCCCUCAGAAAACGGCCAACGGUCUCAACACCAAUCUUCAUUCUACAGAGGUGGAUAGUCCCUCCACUUCUGUUUCCGAACGUAGUUUCUCCGCCUUCAAUUUGCCUCAUGUAAAUCUCUCACCCACUUGUACUUCAAGGCAACGCAAGGCAUUUUCGGAAAUCAAUGCAAACAAUGGGACUUCCUUUACCAAAGCGAGCAGUCAGAGGUCUCAUGACACAGACGAGAACGCCUACCCAGCUGCAUCGACUGACGCGUUGGUUAAUCUUGCUGACCGAUUUACUAGUGCGGUGCGUAUCUCUGUCCCAUCACGGAAUCAGUCGGAACGACAUCGGAGAUACAGUAACACCAACUCUGUCCGUCGUCUCUUUUAUGUUCCUGACGGAGACGUUACUUCGUGUCUUUAUUCUCCACCCGAGAGUCCCAAACCACGUCCUCGUCAUCACUGUGGUGAUAAAGUUCGCCCCCGUACUACUGAGACACCGGUGAAGCCCGAAAUGUUGGCGUCACCAGCUGGAAAAAUGAUGGUGGAGCUUGAUGGAAAUCUCAGCGUGCAGUAUCUAUUAGAGGAGCAAAAGCGGUUGCAUGAGAAAAUAGCCUUUUUGAAGGUCACAUACAAGGCAUACAAGCUACGGUUGGCAAAUGUCAAUGCCAGCAUCAAGAUGAUUCAGUCCACGGCGGCCGCUGCUGCCGUUGCUUCCUCACCUACUUUCCAAUCUCAUUCCGCUGUCAUUGACGCUAGUGGUAGUGGUUUUCGCGCUUCGCCCUCAAAUCACUCCAACUCUAUUGCCAAUUCAGCUCCGCUGAGGCCAGAGUCAACGCGACGUCUCACUGCUGAGAGCAGCAGACAAAAUAGAGAAAUGCGGCAACACCACGGCAGUAGGAGGCAACGUGCGCGUUCUAUCCAAAAUGGUGCUGCUGGCACGAAUUCCCGCAGCAAUGUGUAA